UCGUGAACCCCUGUCAAUCUUUUGUGUAUAAUCAAUUGAAAUAUUACUUUUAGUCAUAAUAUGAUAACAAUACUCGAUUAUUAUUUAAUAUUAUACAAUAUAUAUAAUCAUUAGAAACAAAUUAUGUGAAUGUAGUAUUGAAGAUGUUGUGAAAAAUACAAUUUGUAAGAUUUAUACAUCUAUGAUUGGUCAAUUAAUGACGAAUAAAUAAUAAUUGUUUAAAUAUAGAUAUAGGAUACAUAAUUGAUAAUUCGUUGACUAAUCAGUACGAAGAAAAAUAAUGAUUCAAAAGUAACGAUUAAUAUUAAUUUUAAAUAUUGUUUUUUAUAUUUGAAAUAUAAAUUUAUAUAUUACAUAUGAGACAAAAUGGAGAGUGACAUUCCUUUGAUAUAUGGACUUGAAUUUCAAACUAGAGCGUUAUCAGCCCAAACUGCAGAAACCGAUAUUGUUAGAUUUCUAGUAGGAACUCAAUCAUUGAAAUUGACUAACAAUCAAGUACAUUUAGUUGAACUUAAUGAAGAAACUAAUGGUUUAAAGACCCAAGUAUUUCAGCAUCCAAUUGGUGAAAUAUGGUCUUUGCAAGCAUCACCAACUGAAUCUUCUCUAUUUAUUACUUGUUACAAUAGUUUAAAUGAUGAAGGAACGUGUCAAAUGAAAGGAGCACUUUGGAAGUUACCUGAAAUAAAAGAAUACACAAAUGACAGUAUACAAUUGGAGAUGCUAGCUGAAAUUGAUACGACGGAGUAUGGUAGUGAUUUAAAAACCAUUGCUUAUCAUCCUAUGGAUGGUACAAAAGCAAUAUCGGUUGUAGAUAAAUGCUUUGCACUAUGGGAUCUUGGUAACAGUAAACCGCAAGUUGCAGUAUCUGGUGUUUUAUCUGGCAAAAAUUUACCACGGUUUACAAAUGGUAAAUGGAAUCCUCAUAAUGGGUGUAACCAAUUUGUAACAUUGGAUGAAAAUAAUAUUCAAGGCUGGGAUUUAAGAGCUCCGUCAGAUCCUUCAUGGACAAUUACAUCUGCUCAUUCGCAGAUAAUUAGAGAUUUAGAUUUUAAUGUUAAUCGACAGUAUUUCUUGUCUACCUGUGGCGAUGAUGGAUACAUGAAAUUCUGGGAUAUUCGAGUACCAACUGAGCCUGUGUUAUCGCGUAUGGAACAUUCUCAUUGGGUCUGGAAUAUACGAAUCAAUCGUUUUCACGACCAAUUGGUUUUAACAUCGAGUAGUGAUUCUAGAGUUAUUUUAUAUAGUAUUGUAUCUAUUUCCUCUGAACCAUAUGGGCAUAUAGUUUCACCAGAAGAUGACAACGGUCAAGCCGAUGAAAUGUGUCAAAAAGAAAAAUUAGAAGACGGUGUUGUUGAGAGAUACGAAACACACGAGGAUAGUGUUUAUGCAGUUGAAUGGUCCUCUGCUGAUCCUUGGACAUUUGCUUCGUUAAGUUAUGAUGGUAGAUUAGUUAUAAACAAAGUGCCCCGAAAAUAUAAAUACCAAAUACUUCUUUAAAUUAAAUAUUGUAUUUAUUAAAUUUUUCCGAGUUAUUUUUUAAAAACUGUCACUUGCAUUAAAAUUAACCCUUUUGCUACAAGCAGUGACUAUAGUCACCCGUGAUGUUUUUUGAACAGAGUAUAUUUGAUAUCGUAAUGAUUACCCAUCGCAAUUGUUUUGCACUUCGUGCGUAUCUUUGAGACUUUCCCCCAUACGAAAAUACAUUAUUAAAAGUUAUAUUUUGUAAUUCCAUUAUGUGAUAAUUUUUUCAUCUUUUCUUUUCUACGAACUAUCACAAACGUUUCUUAGUGCAUACUUUCGAUGCAACGGAUCGUUCGGCGUGAGUAGCGCGCCGCAAAAUCAGCCCGUAGCGAAACCGUUAAGUUUUCAAUAAUAAAUAUCCAUAUUAGAAAACAGA